GAAAUGGAUGGGAUAUGUCAAUUUAUCAAGCAAGCACCAGUGACUCUUACACCAUGGUAAUGCGCACUUUAAAACAGUAGGUGGUGGUGUAGCAAUAUGUCGUGUCGUGAGCGAAGAAGACCACAAACAAACAUGGCGACCGCCGGGGACAACUCGGUAGGCAUGAAGAUGCUUCAAUUUCUCAAACUAAUCGGACAGCUUAAAAGGGUUCCUCGGACAGGCUGGGUGUACAGAGAGGUGAAGGAGCCAGAGAGUGUGUCAGACCACAUGUACCGCAUGGCCCUCAUGUCUCUCACCAUCACUGACCCCACGGUGGACAAGGACAGGUGCAUGAAGCUGUCUCUAGUCCAUGACAUGGCCGAGUGCAUCGUGGGAGACAUCGCCCCGCUGGACAACGUCAGUAAAGCUGAGAAACACAGGCGAGAGGAGGCAGCCAUGAGGCAGCUGAUAAGUUUCACUCCAGGCAGCGUUGGACAGGAGUUGUAUGGCCUGUGGGAGGAGUACAAAAACCAGAGCAGCCCCGAGGCCAGGCUGGUGAAAGAGUUUGACCGCCUGGAGAUGAUCCUGCAGGCUUACGAGUAUGAGGAGUUGGAGGGAACGCCGGGAAGGUUGCAGGAGUUUUUCGACUCCACUGAAGGUCAUUUCCAGCAUCCGGAUGUGCUUCAGCUCGUCAGCUCUUUGAACGACGAAAGGAAAAGUCAUAUGACACGUUCAGCAAAUAUCUCUGGGAAGUCGCAGCCGCAAGCUUCUUUACAUGCUUCGUGACCUAAAUCUAAAAGGUGGGGGCACAUAAUGCACACAUACAAUUCCAUUAAAAAAAAAAAGUUAAAAUGAUACAAAGUCUCCUAUUUAUUUUUAAAGGGGAAGACUACAUUAGACUUCAAUGUACAAAUUGUACGUUAUUUUGUAUUAACACUUUAUUGUUGACAGAUCAGGUUAAAACUAGUUGAGAAAGUAAUGACACGCAGUUAAAACAAUCCUAUCGCUGUCUUUAAUAAAGUUUUUUCAAAUUAUAAGACAGGUCCUGAGAGUCACUUUUAUUUCAACAUGUAAAAGACGGUUACCUUCAAAUGUUGACAUGAAAAUACAUCUCAGCAAACAAUAGGAAAAAGGAUAUGACAAUGUUCUUCCGCCCGAUUGUAGCUGAGAUAGGCUCCAGCGCCCUGUGACCCCAAAAGGGAUAAGCGGUAGAAAAUGGAUGGAUGGAUAUGACAAUGUUAAAUACAUUUACACUAUACAAUGUGUGCCGGCCCUGCGAUGAGGUGGCGACUUGUCCAGUGUGUACCCCGCCUACCGCCCAAAUGCAGCGGAGAUAGGCUCCAGCGACCCCGAAAGGGACAAGUGGUAGAAAAUGGAUGGAUGG